CAGUGCCGCCAUAAGAUCGAGAAGCUCCGUAAGCGCUUUCGUUCUGAUCGCCUCCGUUCCCUCACCCUCCGCCCUCACGCUCCUCCCACCUCCACCUGGCCGUUUUUCCCACUCAUGGAAUCCUUGGAAUGCCCUCCCCCUGCUUCCCUCUCCGGUUCCACCUCCCACUCCGAUGAUGCCGACAACUCCCGCAACAUCCACCGCCGCCUCCUUUCCAAUGGCGAAGGGCUCCGAUUCACGAUACCGAAGGCAGUCCGGUCAAAAAUCGUGAACCCUAGCUCCGGAGGCGGGAAGCUGAAGACUGAGUUCUUCGAUAUAGGGGUGAAGCCGGCGAAGGAGCAGAUGAGGCGGAGGCUGGAGAGGAAGAGGAAGGAGGAGAUGGAGCAAGGGACGCUCGGUGGGAUGGUGGCUGCUCUGAGGAUGGUCGGGGAUGGAUUUAUGAGGAUGGAGCGGGUGAAGAUGGAUGUGGUUAGGGAGACUGAGAAGAUGAGGAUGGAAAUGGAGCUGAAGAGGACGCAGAUGAUUUUAGAUUCCCAGCAGCGGAUUGUUGAUGCGUUUGUGGAGGGUUUUAUUGGUGGGGUGAAGAGGAAGAAGGCCAAAAUUUCUCCAGAUAGUUGAAUUUCAGAUGAGUAAGGUUUUGCGAUGGAUAAACUUAUUAUUAUCAGUUGGCUUUUGACUUUGUUCGCAAGAACUUUUCUGGAUCCAAUUGAUAUGUAUGUGUUCCUCUAGUCCUGCGUGCCAGUUGCUUCCAUUGCUUUAUUAGGUUACAGUAUUUCUUUUCGGUGUAAGAUAUCAAAUAACUUGGCUAAUGUAAAAAGUUGUUUUAGUAACCUUA